AUAAAUAGUUAAAACAGCAUCUAAUCCUCACUGCUCCAACAUGAUUUGGCUUGUGGCUUUUCUGUCCUGCAUUGGGCUGAUCUGUGCCGAGGCACCCUUCAACCAUAAUGUGCACAAUGAGAGGGUCAUAGGAGGCCACAAUGCUAAACCCAACACCUGGAGAUGGCAGGUCUCCCUCCAGUAUGACUCAUACAAUGACGGGUCAUACUACCACAUGUGUGGAGGCACCAUCGUCGGUAAUUUCUUCAUCAUGACUGCAGCCCACUGUAUCCUCAGCAUAGAUCCUAGUCCGUACCGUGUGGUGGUGGGCGAGUAUAACCUGUAUGAGUAUGACGGCAGUGAGCAGUUCAGGCGUGUGGAGAGGAUUAUUGUCCAUCCUGCCUGGAAUGAAGAUCUCGCCAAAGGAAAUGACAUUGCUCUCUUGAAACUGGCUACUCCUGUGUAUGACAACGGCUAUGUGGCUGUCGCUAACCUCCCCUACCCUGGCCAGAUGUUGCCUCAUGGUUUCACCUGUUACAUCACCGGCUGGGGGCUUAUGGACAACAUUGGUACGGUCCCUGCCAUCCUGCAGGUGGCUCCAAUCAAUGUGGUGGAGCAUUCAGUCUGCUCCCGGCCUGAGUGGUGGGGCAGCAUUGCUCUGAGGACCAUGGUGUGUGCUGGAGGGGAUGGGAUCAUAUCAGGCUGCCAGGGCGACUCUGGAGGCCCCCUGAGCUGCUUCACUGAUGGAGCCUGGAGAGUCCAUGGCGUUGUCAGUUACGGUCCAGCUGGCUAUUGCAACCAAGUGUCUAAACCCACCGUCUUCACCAGAGUUUCUUCUUUCCAAGAUUGGAUGUAUUCAGUGAUGCAGAGUGUUUAGAUGGCAAACCUACUGUCAACUGUCAAACCUAUGAAAUAAAAUCACAUACCACUCAA